AAAUAAAAAUACAAACACAUAAAUAAAAUGGAAUUUCAAUUUUCACUUUUAUAGGUGGUUUUUUAGGAAAAAAGACAUUCUAAACGACGUCGGUCUCCGCUGUAUCUGGGGAUUUAAUCAGCGGAGAAUAGAAGAAGCACGGGAAAGACAACUGAGAUUGACAUUCAUAGAGUGAGGGGACUGAGGGACAGAGAGAAGAAAUGAGCUCAGCAACGGCAGCGUACUUGGCUCGGAGAGCGGCGCAGAAGGAGAAGGUUCGGAUUCUCUACCGGAGAGCUCUCAAGGACACUCUCAAUUGGGCCGUCCAUCGCCACCUCUUUUAUCCCGAUGCUGAUGCUCUGAGGGAGAAAUUUGAGGCCAACCGGAGUGUGGAAGAUGUUGAAACUAUUGAUAGAUUGAUAGCUGAUGCAGAAACCAAGUACAAUACAUGGCGCCAUCCAGAUCCUUAUGUUGUUCCAUGGGCUCCCGGUGGCUCCAAGUUUCACAGAAAUCCAACACCGCCUGCUGGGGUAAAUAUUUACUGUUUCCUUUAUUUCUUCCAACCAUUGAAAGGUGUUUUGUGUAAUUUGCUGUAUAUCAUGUGUCCUUUUUCUUUUUUGCCUUUUGCAUACGCCUCGCUAUUACAUUAGCUUGAUCGUAUUAAGAGUCCCGGGUUUCAAAUUCAGCCAAAAGAUUUCAUUUCCUUUUUUAAGGUUCUGAUAACAUAUACCUAAGGUUGGAUACUUGGAUCAAUGUCUAUGUCCCUGGCAUCGUAGCUACUCAUUCGUCUACCUCUCAGGGGAUAUGCAUGUUUGAGCUAGGCAGUUGGACCAAUGGUGGUCUUUCAGGCUCUAGUUUAUGCACGAACCUCUGCUACAUGUGAAGGAAUCUGGUUGACCUCUAGUUUUGUGAUGUAUUCUUAAUUCUUUCUCUUGAUUUGUUGCUGAAUAAAUCAUCCAAAUGUCUUUUAAUAGGUUAUUGAUUGCUGUAUUGGUCCUUGUUUAAGAGCAUGUAUACUAUUUUUUUGCAUGAAAUUCCGAAUAUAAGCUGUUAUGUUGAGUAUUCUGAUGUUAUUUUCUUGGCCCUGCACUCUUAGUUAUGUUUCCAGUAAUUUGUUAAACCCACCAUUUCAGUUUCAAUGAACUAAUUAUGAUUUCGGUUUUGCUGCAGAUUGAGAUAAUAUACGAUUAUGGGCGAGAACAGAAUGAAUGAAGACUGACUUUCUUUCAUGGAUAUAAAUAAAGGUUAGUCGUGUAGGUUGUUAAAUGUCAUUGACUUCUUUCUGGUUCCUGAAGAUGAACAUUGUGCCAUAACAUCAUUAUGCAUGCCACAGGGGAAAGUUUGUAUACCAUUGGGAUAUUGUAUUGUCUGUCACUCUUGUAGAUGCUGCAUCAUGAAUUGCUGACAUUUUUUGGCAAAGACUGCGUGUUACUAGGAGUUUUGAAUAUAAGUCCAUGUUCAGAGCUUUUGAACUUGGAAUUGCAGUUGUUAGAGUUUGCCUUAUUCAUUUUCUUUGCCUUAUUCAUUUUAUUCUCAAUCUGCAUCAUAUAUGUAGGAUGUAUGGCACACUUGUAUCAAUAAAUGUGCAUACUUCAAGCUUGCUUGUAAAUUGUAGUCCAUGCUUGCUGAAAAUUUGCUAUGAUGCAGAUUGAGAAGGUAUUAAGAGUAUGGAGAAGACCUCUGCUCAAUGUCACGUCUUGAAUAUGGCUCAAAAUCUUAAAUUUGUGAAAUUGAAUCCGAGUUUUCUUUUAGACAAUGUGGAAUUAAUGGGUUCGUGAUGUACCAAUGUUUUGAGUGGAUGUGGAUUUUGAUUUUCCAUCCCAUUACUUUGUGGUUUUUUUUCUUCGGGACCUCUAUAAAACAGUUGGUGCGUGGUGCAUUGAAUUUGUCAAAAAAAAUCUGAACGCCUUCUCAGCUACUUGAUUCUCUGUUUUGCCAUUUAUGCCUGUCAUUUAUAGUUGUGCAGUGCUGAGUUCUGUAUCCUUUCUUUCUGUUGCGCUAACGAAAACCAGUUGCAGCAUAAUUACUGAAACCAGUUACGAAAACCAGUUACAAAGAUUGGUCAGCUUUGCUUUAUUCACUCUAUUUCGUUACAGCAUAAUUACUGACGCCGUAAGUAUAAAUUUCGACCACAAUAGCACAGCUUUGUAUAGAGGUCACGAGCUCAUGGAAAUGC